AUGGCCUUUGCGAACUCCAGUAUUUUCAACUCUGACUCUUCCCCCAAGUUCGAGCCCUUUGAGCCUGUCGAAGCUAUGCGGAAGCGCUUUGUACCCGAUAUCAAGGUCAUGGUUGCUAUUGGAGGCUGGGGCGAUACCAAUGGCUUCUCCGAAGGCGCAAAGGACGAUGGGUCCCGGGCCCGUUACGCCAAGAAUGUCGCGACAAUGAUCGACAACCUAGGCAUUGACGGUGUCGAUACUGAGAGCUGGGCUCUGGAUAUCGACUGGGAGUAUCCUGGUGGGAACGGCGGGGAUUAUAUGAAGGUACCUAACAGCGGUAAAACGGACGAAAUCGAAACCUAUCCACUCUUUCUGCGCGCAAUUCGUGAAGCCAUCGGCCCGGACAAGCUCCUUUCAAUUGCAGUCUCUGAAAAAAGAACCGACAUGAUGGCCUUUGCGAAGGAACAAGGUACCAAGAUCUGGCCGUCUGUGGAUUUGGUGAAAGUCAUGUCGUAUGAUCUGAUGAAUCGUCGGGAUAAAGUCACGAACCAUCACACGAGUGUGGUGGGUUCACUCGACGCUAUCAAGGCGUAUGAAGAGAUUGGUCUCGACACUGCCAAGAUCAACCUGGGAUUCGCGUAUUACGCCAAGUGGUUCAUGACCGAUCCGAACUCUAACUGCAAUGAACAUCCACUUGGAUGA